UUCAGAGCAUUUGGUCGAACGAAUUUCCGACCCACAGUUUGGCAGCACUGGAUUCAUGACUGAAAAAUGCCCAGAUUUCGUGAGCGUCAAGGACAAACACACUGUCAUCCUGCUUCCACACACACAUCUUCUGACCUGGGCAGCCUGAUAGCGAACAGAUACACCAUUCAGCAGAGGCUCGGGAAGGGAAGCUUCGGCACUGUGUAUCUUGUUAAAGACACAAAGGCAGUUGCAGCAGAGAGACUGAAGGUGCUAAAAGAGAUUCAUGUUGGCGAUCUGAAACCCAAUGAGACGGUCCAUGCCAUUCAAGAGGCUCAGCUUCUCUCUCAGCUCAACCAUCCUGCCAUCCUCAAGUUCUACACCAGCUUCCUGGAGAAAGACACGUUCUGCAUCAUCACUGAGUAUUGUGAGGACAAAGAUUUGGACUGUAAGUUAGAUGAGCUAAAACGGACAGACAGGGUGUUAUCAGAGCCUCAGGUCUGUGAAUGGCUCUGUCAGCUUCUGUUGGGAGUACAUUACAUACAUCAGAGGAGAAUUCUUCACCGAGAUCUAAAGGCCAAAAAUAUAUUUCUAAGGAAGAACAUUGUUAAGAUAGGUGACUUUGGUGUAUCCUGUCUGCUGAUGGGGUCAUGUGACCUGGCGACAACCUUUACAGGUACCCCGUACUACAUGAGCCCUGAAGCCCUCAGCCACAGAGGAUACGACUCCAAAUCAGACAUCUGGUCUUUGGGCUGUAUUCUCUAUGAGAUGUGCUGCUUGGUGCAUGCCUUUGAGGGGCAGAACUUCUUGGCUGUGGUGUUAAAGAUUGUGGAAGGACCUACUCCAUCUCUGCCAGAAACAUACUCACGGCAGCUCAACUCCCUAAUGCAAAGUAUGUUAGAAAAGGAUUCUUCACGCAGGAUCUCGGCAGCAGAGGCUCUAAGGAGCAGCUUCAUUGAGCAGAGCUUGCAGAGCAUGAAAAACAAGUUCUUUAGCCUGACACUUCGAGACAAGUCGAUGGAGGGAGAGAGAGAUGCAUCGCAGGUCCUAAGAGCACUGCAGAAGAAGGUACAUCUGCAGACACUACGGGAGAGAUCAGAGGUGCAGAAAAUGAGCCCGAGAGAACGCAUGCGGCUCCGGAAACUCCAAGCAGCAGAUGAGAAAGCACGAAAGCUAAAGAAAAUUGUGGAGGAAAAAUAUCAAGAAAACCAUCUUCGCAUGCAAGAGUACAAGUCAAAUUUUCAGAAAGUCACUGUGGAUGUUUUAAAGGUGAAAAAUGAAGGAGUUAACAGGACUCAACCGAUUCUGAGUGAGACACCAAAAGGAAACUCAGAACCGACAGGAACCAUUUCUCAUCUCUCUAAGAUGUGCAAGUCUGAGUCCACAGACCAUGCAAUCCCAGAGGAUCCUCAAGUGGCAGAGGCAUUUUAUUUCGUGGAUGAAUUUGAGUCAUGCUCGGAGGCAGAUUCAGAUGGAGAGGAAGACUCGGAGGAUUAUCUCCCCACAGACCCUUCCUGUCAGACAUGUGGACAGGACAGUGACCUGGAGGCCAUGAUCAGACACAUGGAGAAUGUUCUGGAUGUUGACUCAAAUGGAGCUGAAGCAGAGGAAGAGAAGGCUCAGCUGGGUUUUCUGGGAAUGAGUAGCAUCAAUACCUCCAUGGCCGAGGGCAGAAUAGAGCGGAUGAGACAGUCGGUGUGUCUGAGGCUUGGAGAGGAGGUGUUCCUGAAGGUUUAUGAUUACCUGAAGCAGGCCAGACAGAAGCAGGAGAGCGAGGAGAGCAUCAGACAGGCUCUGGUCCAGCUGGUGGAGAAGCCCAGUGAUUGCUUUGAAGUAGAUCAACUUCUUUAUUAUGAGGAGCUUCUCUUGGCUGCACAGGAAAACUCUGUAAGAUAACGAAGCAGACACACACUCACAGAUGUUACCUGUCAAGAUCCAUAUAGAUCAGUUUAUGUACUUUUAAGAUCUGCCUGUGAUGAAGCUUCAUAUUGUGAGAGCUCCACAAUCUACAACAAAUACAGUGAAAUACUUUGCUAUGGUCGUGCAAAAUUUAGAAUUUGAGAAUUGAGUUAGAAAUCGAAAUGGCAGAAUUAGAAUGGAUGAGGAAUUUUACUGAAUUGUUACAUCAAUUCAGUUCUGAUUGCACACAGUUUGUGAUAUUUGUGAGGUGGGAUGAGUUCAUUUCUUUUUGUAAAGAGCUUAUUAGGUCCUUAGCUUUAUACACUUCAUAUUGAUAUGAAGUUACUUAAACAACUUAUUUAAAGUUAAAUACUGGUUUGGAAUAUAUACUUUAUACUGUACUUUGUUUGAAGAUUUAUCACAAAAGAAUUCAAGUGAUGCAUGGAUGGUUGGUUGGAUGGUUGGUUGGUUGGAUGGUUGGUUGGUUGGUU